GAUACGAUGAACAAUGAACUGACUAAGGAAGAAAGGAUCUACUUAAAGCACAUGAACAAAAUCAACCAGUAUUACCCAGAGUUAAGCUUUCCCCAACAUCUUCAGGCUUCUCACCAACCUCAGAUAGUUAUGAACCCAGGGAAUCAAAUUAAGACAAUAACCUAUCCUAAUAGUCCCAUUCCGGAAUCUACCAGCAUCUCCCAAGAAGAAUCUGCUGAAGUAUUCCCUGAGACGAAAACCAACCAGUUUCUCCAGAAGUUCACUGUCCCCCAGUAUGUCCAGGCUGUUCCCCUUGUAGUCUAUCAGCCUGUGGAAUCACAUUCAGGAAAACACCUACCCAUAUAUUCCCAUUUAGAAGAACAAGUAAGAUUCUUGAAUUAACUGCUGCAAUUUGAGCUUGAGUAUGACUAGAAAAAUCAUUCCUUUAUAAUUUCUUCAUCUACCACAUCACCUCCUACUAGCAAUAUAUUUUGGCAUGCUUCUUGAAAUGUCAACAGUUUUGAGCCAAAAGAAGACUGUGUGGAACAUUUUCCAUAUUGGUUAUGAUAUUUUUAAUUUGUGUUGGAUAUGCCAGAUCUGAAUUGUGGUAUCAUGUUUGCUGUAUUGAUGAUUAAAUGAGGUCUUUUCUCCACUAUCUCUGAAAUAUAGAACUGUAUAUCAGUUGCCAAAACAUUAAAAUUUCAAACAAAG